GACAACAAAACUGCGAACGACCCAUUCGACGACAGGGCCGACGACAAGGUCGAGGCAGACGCCAUCACACGCAAGAGGGUACGCGGACAACUCAUUAGCUACGCCGAGCUGGUUUUCCGUUACCAACAUCGCACCGCCCUCUACCAACUCCUCAUCAUGGGACGACACUUCCGUUUCAUUCGUUGGGACCGGUCUGGUACGAUUGUCACGAGGGCGGUCGACUAUGUCGAGCGACCCGAUCUCCUGUGCGAGAUGCUGUGGCACAUGGCCCAGCUGGUCGACGAACAACUUGGGAUGGAUCCGAGCGCUGUUCGCAUUCGCCAGGGCGACAGAGAUUACGCAUUGAUGGAACAGGUUGCUUUCCCACAAGAAGAAGACUGGGAGCACGAGGAACGCCUCAUCGACGCGCUCCCCGGGGGUGACCAGGUGUUUCGGUACGUCCGUGACGCGUUCCGAAACUCGUUGCAUGAGACAUGGUCCUGGCCUCGUUAUCGCCUCGACGUCCCAGACGGCAAGGAGAUCCGGCAAUACCUUGUGGGCAAGCCAAUCUUCCAUGCAUCGGGGAUGGCGGGUAGGGGCACCCGCGGCUAUGUCGCACUGGAUUGUCAAAGUCGUCGCUUCGUGUGGCUCAAGGACGCGUGGCGGGCGCACUACGACCUCGUGGACCAGGAAGGUUCCGUGCUGGAGAACUUGAACAAGGCGGAAGUACGCAAUGUCCCAACACUUGUCUGCCACGGUGACAUCCUUGAGCAGUCCACAAAGACGCCAGACUACUGGCCCACGGGGAAGGAUCCCGAAGAAGAGUGCCCUCUACGACGGUACCGGCACUAUCGCCUCGUGGUGCAGGAGGUUGCUAUGGACUUAACGGCGUUCCGGACUGGAAAACAACUGGUUUCGAUCAUCUACGACUGCGUCACCGCCCACGACGAGGCAACGACGAAAGCCAAGAUCGUCCAUCGCGACGUCAGUGGGGGCAACAUCCUCAUCUUCCCGAAAGCAGCUCACCUCCCGAACGGCAACAUGGCCGUGAAGUGGAAGGGGCUGCUCGCUGAUUGGGAGCUUUCCAAGCCGGUCUGUGAUGAUCCUUCCCGCUCGCGCGCGAGGCAGCCAGAGCGGACGGGAACUUGGCAAUACAUGUCCGUUGCCGCGCUUGAGGACCACGCCAAAGUCAUCGAGACCUCGGACGAGCUGGAGUCAUUCUUUCAUGUGCUCCUCUAUAACGCGGUCCGCCAUCUGAAGUCGAAC